AUUGCGACUAGCAAAAGAGAUCCCAGCCUUUGAAAGUAGGGGCUGAAAGAAAUCCAGUGAGCCGAGAAAAAGACAAAGAAGAUAAAAAAAGAAAACUAUAGUGGCUAGGAAAGCCCCGGAGAUUCUAUGGGAAAUUGGAAACGUCGAAGUGAGCUGUGGCUUAUAAAUAGGAAGAUGAGGAGAUAACGGGCGAAGGAUAUUCAUGGUGCGAUUGGAUCUUCUUUGAUUCAUUACGACCAGCGCGGUUGUUCGUAUUUCAUUUUCAUUUGCCAAACCAAACCCUAUGUUUGCACUAAGUUACUUACGGAAUCUCAAAUCGUUUCCGAGAAAACUUCGUUAGAAUUGCAUGUGUUAAGCAAAGUGCAAAAACCAACUUCUUAGCGCUUAGCUACUGCCUAUAAGCUUACACCUGCGUCCGACUGCCCGAAUCAAAACCUUUCUUUUCUUAUGAUUAGAGGGAAGGAUCACUCCUAAAUGCAGCCUUUAUCAACUAUAAGAUACCACCCGACGCACUUGGGUACUUCCAUCCGCCAAUCAAGGCUAGUGUAGCGAAGGGAGCCAAAAAACGUGAGCGCCCCUACGCGAGCCUUAUUGAAAAGGCCCCUGACUAUAGAUAGGGCGUUAGCGCUUUACUAAUAACAUAGAAAGGGUUCCAACCAAAACCUACUCCUAACAAGUUGCUGAGUUCGGCUUUCGGGACUACUUAGGGCUUAUGGUUUAUAUAAAAAAGAGCCCUCGGCCUUCUUUCUUGUUUAAGGGCUGCUCGCCUUUUUGAAUAGAAGGAAGUGGGAUAGCGGAGGUGAUUUCGGUAAACCGAUGCAUGAGCUGAGGCUCCCAUGUCCCGCCGACCCUCCGAAAAAGUCAGGUCGUAAAACGGCUCAUAGGGAGUCAGAAGCAAGCAGAGUCAAAGGCGGGUCAAACUCACAUAAGCAUAGGGGGAGACACAUUCAUGAAAAGCGAGAAGCCGUGCCGUGGGGGACUGACCAACUAUGAAUAGAUCUUACUUAGGGCUAAGAGUAGGAACAUCUAUUAGUCCGUAUCGUGGGUCUACUUGUUACAAAAGGCAAACAUCCCCAUUCCAAAACAUUCACAUUGGUCCUCAGGCAGGCAUCGAAAAGGGGACGAAAAGAGUCUAUUUACCUUUACAAUAUUCCGGAAUGUAUCAUGGCCCUAUCCAUUCAUCUUUUUCUUCAAAAAAAAAGAGUUCCGCAUCUUUCCGGGGGCCGGGGAACAAAUAGGCGCGGGGAAGAGGGAGAGGGGGGCUACGAGCCCUCUCCCGUUGCUGUUCCCGGACCACCCAUCCCUUCCUUCCCCUUCGCCCGGCCCGGUGAGGUCCGAUCAGAUCAGAUCUAUCGAACGAAGUGAAGUGAUAGGAAGAGAAGACUUCUGGCGGGAGAUCUCUAUUCAUUACACCUCCUUGACUAGUAAGGGGAAAAGGGAAGUGCGCUCUUGCGCACCAGCUGAAGGAAGGAGCUUUGGAAGCUUACCAACAACCUAUCAACUCCUAACAAGUUGCUGGAUCGAAGUAGGACAUUCUCCAUCCGCCCGCCAGCAGCAGAGGGGGUUCGAUUCCCGUUAUACGCGAUGUGGCGAAAAAGACUGAUUCAACAAUACAUCAUGCCUGCAUUAAGAUUUAAAACUUGUCGUCUACUUUCAGGAAAUGUUCGGAAGAGAGAACUUACAAUAAUACAACGCCGCAUUCUCCGAAGAUUGAGGAAGAAGAACAGAUCUAUUAAGAGAAAGAUUUCUUCGAGAGAAAAUCUUAACAGUUACAUCCAAUUACAAACUACACGAAAGUUGUCCCUUUUUUAUGGGGAUUUACCCAUCACAGAGAUGCACAGAGGAACAGAACAAACUUCAUAUAUCCCUUUUCCACUCAAUCCAGAAACAAGAUCGGACGUUAUUCCGGUUCGUCUCCAUUUUCGUGAAACUAUUCCUCAAGCAAGGCAGCCGAUAAGUCAUCGAAGGCUUUGUGUGAAUAAUGGAAUGGUAAGCAUUACUCAUUUGAAAGUGUCCCACGGUGAUCUAAUAUCUUUUCAAGAAAAUGACGCGAGAAUCCGCGGUGAAGAAAUAAGGAGAUCUUUCUAUAUCGAAAUAUCAGUUGAUAAAAUCAUAGGAAAAUUCCUGCCGGUAAGAAUGUGGAGAAGAACGAAAACAGAAUGGUUCCACCUACUCAAAACUAAGAGGGGAUGCCACCUACUACUAAAAUCCCGGUUUUUGAAACAGUUGCGUUCUUCUAUGCAAGAAGAAGACUUAGAAAGAACAAAGAAGUUUGGAUCCGAAAAAGUAUGCUUAGGCAGUUCCUUCGCUGAGCACAACAGAAUGAAGAGGAAUUUGUAUCAUUUCAAAUCCCUAUUCUUUUCGAAGAGAAGGAAGGAGAAAAACCGAUAUCUUCCUACUCGAAGAAGAAGUACUUUAGUUUACAACUCUUCUUUAUAUAGUAAUUCGACCUAUUGCUCCGCAGCCCCCCAUCAGUUGACUAUGAAGAGAAGAAUCAAAAGGAUCGAACUACCUACUCAUUAUUCGGAGGUGAAUCAUAGAACACCAAAAGCUGUGGUAUCUUAUGGACCUAACAUAGGUCACAUCCCUCACGACAUAAGAUUGAAAGAUCCAAACCUUCCUCUUCGGAGCGGAAACGGACGUGGCCAAAACAUAUAAAGAUCGGCGUAGUCGCUCAUAGGGACAAAUCUAUCCGGAUAGAGGAUGUCUAGAUCGAUUUAUAGAUAGAUUUCUAUCCAUAUAGAUAGGUAUCUCCGUGGAUAGAGAAAAAAAUAGGGAUCCAUCUAGAUCUUGAUUCAAAAUUUCAUUCCAUUUUUAUUUUUACGACAAGUUUGAAAUCUGCAAGGAAACAUCGUUUUUCUUUUAUUACUUUCUGGGUCGGAGCGUAGACGAGCGAGCAGAGCCCAGUAAAGAGGGAAGCCCGUGAUAGAGCAGUCGACUAGAAGUAAAAGACUGCUGGCCUGAGAGAAGGCGGCCUCUCUCGGCAAAGAUGGCCCCAUUUCUAUUCUUUCUUUUUGAUUUCGGCUUUCUUUCUUUUUUCAGGGGCCCAGAACGCUAAAAGGUGGGGGAGAAGCAAGCCGAACCUCUGAUCGACCGAGACACA